AGAGCUCAAGAUGGAAGGAGGCGCGUAUGGAGCUGGCAAGGCUGGCUCUGCUCUGGAUCCCAUCUCGUUCCUCAAGCAACCCCAAACCAUCAUCCGCAUCCUCAGCUGGGUUUUCUCCAUCGUAGUGUUUGCUUCUAUUGUGAACGAAGGCUACAUCAAUAAAGGCAACGAAAUUCUUUACUGCGUUUUCAAUAAAAACAGCAACGCCUGCAACUAUGGCAUAACAAUUGGCAUCUUAGCGUUCUUCGCCUGCAUCCUGUUCCUCACCCUCGAUCUCUACUUCCCACAAAUCAGCAGCAUAAAGGACAGGAAGCAUGUUGUACUUGGAGACCUCGGAUUUUCAGGACUGUGGACGUUCUUGUGGUUUGUAGGCUUCUGUUUUUUGGAAAACCAAUGGCAGAUCACUUCUUUGGAAGACCUUCCCCUUAACCAAGGUGCUGAUGCUGCCCGAGCUGCCAUCGCCUUCUCCUUCUUUUCCAUUUUGUCCUGGGCUGGCCUAACCCUGAAGGCAUGGCAGAGGUACCGCCUGGGGGCUGACUCAUCCCUCUUCUCCCAAGAUCAGUUGGACACUGGCCAUCCUCCAUACAGCACCGGAACUGAGAACGCGGACACCUUUCAGAGCCCACCCUUUGCUGAAAACCUGGAUACAGUCUCCUCGGGAUACCAGAUGCCCCCAUAUUAAAGGCUGAAGGUCCUGCUUGAAGUUUAAAAGCACAGUGUCCCUUACAUUGGCCUAGAUAGUUUUCUAAUCCAGCCUAUCAAACAUCUGAUCUGAUGCGAUCUCAUUGCCUCUGUGUCUCCUCCAAGCUCUUUGUUCAAGGUGUGUGACGAGAGCUCAACUUCUUUGGCCAGAGAUUGUGGACGAUUUUCUCAUAGAUUAAGUAAAAUGUUUCAAUAGCCUUGAAGGAUUUUAUUAAGGUGCAUUGGAGAUAUGAUACUUAAAUUGAAAGCUAUGUGGGCCAAUGAAAAAGGGAUGCUGGAGUACAGAUAUUUUAUCUGUGGUGCAGUGUUGUUCACUGGUUGGUUAGCUGCAAGAGUGCUAAAGUGCUGUUGAAGAUCAUUAGGCUUUUCAUGUGCUAAACUGAUGUAAGGUAACCUUUCUUUUAGCUAAUAGUGCAGUGUACUCACUAUAUUAGUGGUAUUGUCAUUCCUGUGUUAACUGUAGUAUGCAAGUUGGAAAGGCACUCUCUUCCAACAUCAAAGCAUCUAUUUAGUGUUCUUAGAAACCUUCCUCAAUUUAGUUGACGUACCUGUGAGCUCAUGAUUAACUGUUCCACAUCAUGUGCCAGAUUAUCUAGUUGUGUGUAACUGUAUAAAGCUUUAACUCGUUAAUCUUCAGAGCUAAGUGGGGAUGUGAAUUUAAUGUGUUCCUGCUUCCAUUUAAUUGCAUUGGUGACAAACAUAUAAACACGAAUAGAAGAACUUUGAAAAAAGUCAGCUGAGCGUUUCAGUCGAUACCAUUGGAAAUAUUUUCAAAUACUCUUUUAUACCUGUGAGUGCAGAUGUCUGAUAUGAAUGAACAUCAUAUUACUCAAAAAUGGUAUUGGUUGUGACUUCAGUAAAGCUUAGUGCCCCUCGCUGUAUAAUCUAGGUUUAUUGUGUGUCUUUUGUAUAGUAAUCUCAUUCUUAUUGUAGGUUACUUUAUGGAAUUGGGCAUAAGCAAAUUUAGAGUAACUCGUGGAUAACCAGAGGGUUAAACUCACUGCAUACCAAGGGACAGGGUCUUAAAGACCUCCUCGACAGCACCCAAAUUGUUCAGAAGUCAUGGCAUCAUGUGCUUGAACCCUUCUGACUAGGAACAUCCGAAUGUAAUUACGUACAAGUCAUCCUUUUGGGAUGUGUGUGUAUAUACUGCCAGUCAGGUAAGUCUCGACCUGCAAAUUGAGCUUGCGCCUUUUCACCAGCAUGAAAGCUUUGUAUAACAAAAUAACGCCAGGACAACAACAACAGCCAAGUGCAAUUUUGAUUUUGUAACAAUCCCUGUGAGGGAGCCAUAAACCAAAAUGUAGAAAUUGACCAAAUGACACCCGACCCCAACCUGAAGAAAUUCUCAAAUAAAGAACUGCGGAUGCGGUAAAUCAGAAAGGGGUCACUCGAUCCGAAACGUUAACUCUGGUUUUUCUCCACAGACGCUGUCAGACCUGCUGAGCUUUUCCAGCAAUUCCUGCUUUUGGUGUUGAAGAAAUUAACAACAAGAUUUCACUCAUUUGUAGCUUUUACAUGUUCAUGAUUCAGAACUGACGCAAAUUACACUUGAAUUCAUCGGCAAAUUAUACUUUAAAUAAGAAGGUAAAUUUCACUCCAGCUGAUAUGACCAGGUAUGUUUUAGCAUAACCAUAAGCAAUUGCAUCAGCCCCACUCCCUGCAAUAAUGCAACACUAUUUGCUUCUCAGUUACACAGCAUUCUGUACCUCACAUAGAAAAGGUCAGGGAAACUAUACACCAGGUUUCACUUUUGAAUGUCACAGGCAUGAUUAUCAGCAGUAAGGCACAUUUCUACAAACCACCUUUAUUUUUAGAACAUAACAUUCCUGACGGUGUAAAUUUCCACAGUUCUUUUUCAACGGACCCAAUCGUACCCUAAUUCAUAGUUUGCCCACUUGUCAGAAAGCACCCAGUUCCUUUGUCAACCUGAGCUGUACUCAGAGCUUUCCAGUCCUAGCCCUUUUUAGCCAGCUCACAGAGUACCUGUCAGAAUCCUUGCCUCCGUUACUGCCAAACAGCUACUUUGUUUUGUUGAUAAACAGUUUAUUUUCCUUAUUUUAACAAAGCCAAACUUAGUAAACAUUCUUUGAUUGUAUAAAUGUUUUGUAAAGGGUAAUGAAAGUCACCACGCCUGGUUAAAACUUGAUUCCUUUUCCAGAAAUAUUAUUAAGGACAGGGUUUGCCUGUAUUGGCUUCUGUGGGUGUUGAUACAUUCAUCAUAAUGGCUCCUACCCAUCAGAAACAGCAAGUCAAUACACUGCCUGCAAUACAAGACCUCAAGGCAAAUAAAGUAAAGGGAAUUUUUUUUUUAAAAAAGCAAUCUUAGGCAAUAUUCUAGGAGAUUUCAACCUGACUUCAGCUAUAUUCAAGUGAAUUUGUAGAGCUUUGCAUUACACAUACCACAUCCAUAAAUAGCAUAAAAAUUCUUUAAGACUUACCCUUUCACAUUAGUCACUUGUUUGGAUUAAGGGAUAGGGAAGAGAGCUUUCUCUCCUUCCCAAAGAUCAGAUUUCCAUACUCUUGGAAAUAGAGUGAAUAAAGUUAUAUGCGAAAUGUUUGUCCGGUGCCUUCUACUGCCCUUUACUUCCAUUUUCAUCCUGGAUAAGGUAUUCCACAUGUUUAUCAAUUUCAACAUGAAUAUAUUUUAACUGUGUUUAUACCUUAUUGUAAUUGUGCAAUCAGGUUUCCUGACCCAAUCUGAAUCCAUGCUCCUAUGUGGUAAGUCCAAGAGACAAAAUCUUUUACAAAAGCAAUGUUGUGGAUUGAGUUUGCAAUAAAUGAUCCACCCAUGGUUUCUAGUUGCUGCUUCCACUGUGCUAAACCUUUCAUCUCUACCUUCCUCUCUCCUAGUGUUGCCCAUUUGAAAAGAUGUAACACUUCAGCUGUAAUCCCACUUACGUUUCAGUGGAAGCACAGUUCUGCCUGACUGAAGUAAGCAGGCAUGGUGGCUCAGUGGUUAACACUGCUCCCUCACCGUGCCAGGGGCCCAGGUUUGAUCCCAACCUCAGGUGACUGCCUGUGUGGGUUUCCUACGGGUGCUUUGGUUUCCUCCUACAGUCCGAAGAUGUGCAGGCUAGGUGGAUUGGCCAUGCUAAAUUGCCCACAGUGUUCAGGGAUGUGUAGGUUAGGUGCAUUAGUCAGGAGUAAAUGGAGGGGAAUGGGUCUGGGUGAGUUAAUCUUUGGAGGGUCGGUGUGGACUUGUUGGGCUGAAGGGCCUGUCUCCACACUGUAGGGAAUCUACUUGAAACUGCAAUUCAUUUUUUAAGUUCUGAGACAGGUGUCUCCAAAAAUAGUAUGAUUAUUGAAAUAGAUUGUUAACGACUGUGAAGUGGGGGAAAGUUUGCAAAGAAACCAAUAUAGAACCUACUUCUCUCUGAGACUAUUUUUAGACUGCAGCUGGAAAGUGCCAGUAACAAUUUGGAAGGCUUUAUUUUAAACAAAGCAGCAUAUUAACAUCACAGUGAGAUUUCAAAUGAAUAGUAGUUGUUAUCAUGCCACAGUAGUUAUCCUUUAAUUUCAUUAUCUCGCACAAAUGUGUGGGAUUUUACUUUUGGGUCUAUUUUGUUCACACAUGUGACAAACAGCUGAUUGGGUAGAUAUCGCUGUUUGUCAAUGAGACUGUAAAUUAUGGUGUUUGUUGUCACAGUAAUCCUACUAUGAGCUUAAUUCUGAAAUCCCCUGGAAAUUGAUUUAAAGAUACUACAGAGAGUGUAAUGACAAUUCAAUGACUUACCUCAUCUGCAUGAAUUAAAUAUUGGGCAUGAUCUGACUCAUAGAUGUCUGAAUCUUAAACCUGAGCAUUUAAUCACUUACAGAAAAUGACGUCACGGAGGCACUCAGCUACAGUUUUCAGUACGAUUCUAAGUCACAGUUUUGUUUUAACUUACUUAUCUAGAUGUUGAAACUAGCAACGACCAAAAUAAGAGUCUCUCUUUAAACAGACUGGCAAACUUAGGCAUCUCUCACCCUUUUCGGGGAUGGGAGGGCAAAAAUGGUCCAAAUUGUGGAAUUAUGUCCCAUAUUUCAGUGACAUCUGAAGCCCAUCUGCACUUCCAACGCCACACUGGAUAGAAUUAUAGUCAGGCAGCCAUGUCAACUAAAGUUCCUCACAAUAAGCAGUUAAGGGCCUUCAUCCCAUUUGAAGAACUGCUCUCAAAAAUGGUCAGAAUCUGAGCAGAGCAAGUUUCACAUUCCCUUCUAUGCCUUGACCAGGUUCCACAAAGGGAGUGCUCCUGACCAUUGAUGUCAAGACAGUGUUUGUUUAUUUUUUAAUAAUGAAGUUAUGUUUGUGUGCGGAGCAGGAUGAGCUGCAGUACUCUUGCCUAUAUGUCAGAGCUUAAAGGGCUCUUGUGAUGCUGCGGUAGUGUCCCCUACCUCUGAGCCAGGUGUUCCGGGUUCAACUCCCACCUGCUCCAGAGGAACGUUAGCUGAACAGGACAGAAAUAUCUAUGUGACAGUUCACCUUCUCCCUUUUCCUCCUGUGUACCAUCAGUGCUUCUCAGGUUAUCCCUGUGGCGACCCAACUGGGUUUUAGCUAAGAAUUCUUUUCAAAAAUCAUGGACAGACCGAGAUUAUGAUUAACUUGAAUCAAUUAAUUUGACAUUAGGUAUUUCAAUGCAUUCACCUGCACAAUAUUUUUUUCAUCUCAAGUGGUUACAAUCCCAGAAAAUGUGCAGUCACCACUGAUUUAACUGGGUCUGGAGCUUACAAUGGUCACUUUUUAAAAAAAUAUCAUAAAAGGGUGAGGACAUUACUGGCCAAUCCAGCAUUUAUUGCCCAUCACUAGUUGUCUAGAGGGCAUUUAAAAGUUAACCCCACAGCUGUGGGUACAGAGUCACAUAUAGGCCCAGACCAGGUAAGGAUGGCAGUUUCAAAGGACAUUAGUGAACCAGAUGGGUUUUUCCAACAAUCAACAAUGGAUUCAUGGUCAUCAUUAGACUCUUUAAUUCCAGAUUUGUUUUUAUUGAAUUCAAGUUCCACCAUGCCAGGAUUUGAACACAGGUACCUGGAUUAACAGUCCAGCAAUAACACGACAAGGCCAUUCUCGCUGUUUUGCAUGAAGGUUAUUGCAAAUGUCCCAGGAAAUUAUGAUGCAGCAGUGGUACCGAUGUAACUCACUUACACCAUCAUUUCCUAGUGCACUCCAGCAGCAACAACUGAUGCGCCGUUUGGCAUCCUGAAGUUGAUUUGCUUGAGAAUAAACAUGACUGGAUCAUGUUCGGGGAGAUUCACUGAGGCACUGUUAAGUUGUUUCACUGUGAAGGUGAAUUGAGCUCUCAAAGCUCCAUUGAGCUUCCCACCCUCCCCACCGUCCGCAUAUGCAUUGAAUUCAAAUUUCUUGUUUUCAGAUAUCUGCCUGACAAUCUCAUUUCACUGUGUCCCUGUAACGUCCUCCAUUGCUAUUUUCAGUUCUGACAUUCUGUGCACUUUCACCUUUCCCCUGCUGCAGUGCCAGUGACAGCUGUCUAAACUUUGAAAUGCUCUCUAAAAUCCUCCAAUUUGCCAGUUUAGGAUGACUCCUCUCAAAAUUCAACUCCUUGACGCCUUGAGUCACUUCCAUUUCUUUACUCUUACAGCCCAAUGCCUUUUUCCCAUGUUCUUCUCUACAAAGCACCUCUGAACAUUUAAGUGCUCUAUAAGUGAAAGUUCUUGAUAGCUACUUAAAAGUUUCAUCAGUUGGCCAUUACGUUUCUGUAUGCGGUUUACCAUAGUGCCAAAAAAAAAGUGCACCAAGAGAUGUCUUUGAGUGAACAUUGACAUGAAACCAUUUGUUAUAGUGAAUUAAUUCGUGUUGGUCAAAUUCCACUGUGUGUUAUCUCAAGGAUAGAGUCUUGUCUUUGGCAAGAUGGGUGAGCAAGUACUUAUUAGUUAAUUCCAAAACUUUUGUUUUUAAAACCCUUGAUGACCUCUCGAUUGUAGACUUGUGCUUUUAUAGGUGCAGUGUGUUUUUGUAAUGCAUUUUCUGAACUUUCUGUUACUUUACUUGUGUAGCUGGCUGAUGAAGGCCACAAAUGACUAGUUGCCAAACUCAAGCAUUUGUCGAUAUUUUAUAUACGUGAUUGCCUAUGGACAGGUAAAAACUUUGUUAUCUUUUGUUUUAUGUCCCUGCACUGUAGCGAUGAUAUACACAAUGGUCAUAUUGUCACAAACAACUUUGUGGUUUGACUUGUAUUGAACCACUCUUGUAUUUUUUUCUUAAUUUUAAUUGUUUCCUCAGAAAUAGGGGUUUCCAUUUUGAAAUGAUUAAGCUGAAGUCACAAUUUUGGUGGUGCGCUUCCCAAUCAAUUAAAAGUCCAUUGAAACUCCACAAUGAAUAUUCCGACUGACAAUUCAGUGUAAGAAAUCAUAACUUAGUCUUUUUGUUUAAGAAGAAAUGUAACCAAAUGGGUUGUUUCAUUCAUGAGAAAGAGGUAAAUAAUUAAAACCUGAAAGAGAUUCCAAUGAGGCAGACCAGUGCACUUUGUGGUAAAUCCCUCUUCACUGAAGAUCACAGUCAUAAAGUAUGGUACAGUAACAGUGAUGUUUAUACUGUGUUAAAAUAAUGUACAAAAUGAGUGUAUGGAAAACAAGUAUAAAAAAUUUAAAAGUGAAUCUAUUGUAUUUACAUCUUUGUUUACUUGUUCUUAAAGAACAAUGUUCUGUUAUUGUGAUGAUCAGUAACCUUGUG